AUGGAUGAAUUCCACCCUUUUAUUGAGGCGCUAUUGCCUCAUGUCAAGUCUUUCUCCUACACAUGGUUCAACUUGCAAGCAUCCAAGAGGAAAUACUUCAAGAAACACGAGAAGAGGAUGUCUUUGGAGGAGGAGAGGAGAGUCAAGGAAGAGUUGCAGAAUGAGAAAGCUGACGUCAAACAAAAGUGGGCAUCCAGACUUCUGGCAAAGCUGCGGAAGGACAUAAACCAGGAGUGCCGAGAAGACUUUGUGCUGAGCAUCACUCGCAAACGGAACCCCAUAUGCGUGCUGAGCAACCCCGACCAGAAGGGCAAGAUGAGGCGCAUUGACUGCUUGCGGCAGGCAGACAAGGUCUGGCGUCUGGACCUGGUCAUGGUCAUCCUGUUCAAGGCCAUCCCGCUGGAGUCAACGGAUGGGGAGAGGCUGGAGAAGUCACCAGACUGUAUGCAUCCUAAUCUGUGUGUGAACCCGCAUCACAUUAGUGUCACGGUCAGGGAGAUUGAUUUGUAUUUGGCAAACUUUAUUCACAGCUAUGGUGA